AUGCUUCAAGAUCAUCGUAAUCGAGUUUUUCAUGAUUUUCGUAAUGGUGCUUGCAGGAAUCUUGUCUGUACUGAUUUAUUCACGAGGGGUAUUGAUAUUCAAGCAGUAAACGUUGUUAUCAAUUUUGACUUCCCGAAAAACUCAGAAACAUAUCUCCACAGGGUUGGUCGAUCAGGAAGGUUUGGACACCUUGGGUUAGCUGUAAACCUAAUCACAUAUGAAGAUCGCUUUAAUCUGUAUAGGAUUGAACAAGAACUUGGAACUGAGAUAAAACAGAUCCCUCCAUUCAUUGAUCAAGCUAUUUAUUGUCGCUGAAAAAUUAAUGAAAGGUUGUUGGGUUGGGUUGAGUGUGAGCUGUGUCUCUGUCUGUUUAAGGAAAGGACCCUAAGGUACACAUUUCAUUUGGUCUCGACUUUGAAGACAACAUGAAUUAUUUUGUGAUUCAGAAAAAAACUAAGGACUUGUUUCUUUAAGAAAGACAUUAGAGUUUACCUCUUUUUUAUAUUUUGUGACAUGAUAUGUUUCGUGCUGUGCUGUGUUGUGUUGUGUUGUGUUGUGAGGAAGGAGUUUGGUAUGUUGUUAGUCAAGUCAACCCAAGAGAAGACUAGUAGUUUCUUUAAAGACUUACUGACUUUGUGUAUACAUUUGGAUUUGGUUGGUUGGUUGUUUUCUGGUCUUAAGAUAUCUAAUUAUCCUAAUUCCUACCUUUGGGCGCUUUUUUUUUUAAUUUGUAUUUUUUUUAUGCUUGACGGUCAGUUUACUGAUGAUGACCUUGUACUUGUACUGUGUUUGGCGUGUCUUGCCUUUGAC